AGAAAGACCGAUCCUUCCUGGACCUUCCUGAAAACUGGUUACAACUGGGCGAGGGCGUAACAAGGGUCAGGAUGGUUAACGUCUUCAGCAAGUUUAAUGUGCUGAAAGUAGAGGCAUGGUUUCUGGUACAAAUACGAAGAUAAUAGCAUGGGGACAUCGAAGUUAAAACCAGUGACAGUUUUCUUGAUGUGAUGGAUUGUCGGUACCAUAAUUAUUUUGGUAAUCCUUUAUUUUCCUGUAAGGUACACUAAUUGUACUACAGACCACAAGACCUAUAAAGAGCAAGGCACGGUGUUUGACUUUGUAAUGAUGUACUCAAUCCAACGAAUAAAUGAGAAGUCUUAAGUGCAAGCAGUUUAAACUCUUGGCUGGGGAUGUUGUUCAGCAUUGAAGCAUCUGCCUACUGUUCUCUUCGAGGCCUUGGGUCGGAUCCCCAGCAGUAGACACAAAGAUUCAAAAUCUUUUAUGGGUCCUCCAUGUAUAUAUAUAUAUAGAAUUUAACCCCCUCCAAAGUGUGUAUGGUCAAACUGAAGAAGACAUAACCAACAGUCAUCUGAAUUGUGAUUGACUCACUGAUAAUCCCAGGGGAAAAUUAGAGAUCAUUACUCUAACAUAAGUUGCCUGCCUUCUGCAGAGAUGCUUGACAUAAAGGCUUGGGCUGAGUAUGUUGUGGAGUGGGCUGCGAAGGACCCAUAUGGCUUCCUUACCACAGUCAUCUUGGCGCUCACACCACUGUUCCUAGCUAGUGCUGUACUGUCCUGGAAGUUGGCCAAGAUGAUUGAAGCCAGAGAGAAGGAGCAAAAGAAGAAACAAAAACGGCAAGAAAACAUUGCAAAAGCUAAACGACUAAAGAAGGAUUGAAGGAGUGAACAGACUGCAGCUAGAAAACCCCUCUGGAAACUCUGCAGCUUUGGAAGGACUCUAACUAAGCUUCCAGUCAGUUCCUGAGAGUAUUAUUUAGUAAAUUAAAUCUGGCUGUAUAGAAGUGUCAUGUUCUGACCUCAAUACUAUAUAGUAACUUUUAGGGUUGGAAAUAAAAGUCUGUUGGUAUCUACUGACAAGUAUUUAAGUUAGCAUUUAUCAUACAGGUGGAACGUACCUAAUGUGAAAAUUCAAAGCUCAAAAGCACUGUAAAAUCUAACACCUGUGCUCAGACAUGACGCCAAGAGUGGAAAAAGCCACAGCCCACUUCGUGAUGGGUUGCAGUCAAAAUACAGGUGCGCUAAAAAUACAUAAAGCUAUCUUCAUGCCAUGAGAAAUGCAAGCGGACCUUGUGUUUGAAUUGGAUCCCAUCCUCAAGGUAUUAUGAAAUACUUUAAAAUCUGAAAAAGAAAAAAUUAAAAACAUUCCAGGUCUCAAGCAGUUUUGUUUGUUCAACCUGUAGUAAAAAUUCUUUAAACUGACACUCAUUUGCCGAUUUUGGAGCUUAACGUAUGUCAGUGAAGAAUGACGAGAAAAUGGUUUUAGAUUAUGAAUCCUAUUUAAAUGGUAGUUAAAUGGGGUUCAGUUCUGGACAGAGGACAUUAGGAAUGUAAAAGAAUUAACCUUCUGAGGUGAAAAGUUUACUUUGGCUUAAAAGAGAUACAGUAUAUUAAUCACUUUUUCAAAAUCAUUACUGCUUAUUUUUUGGAAUGGAAGCAUUACUUUCUCAAAGGAAAAUUUUAUUAAUGAGUAUGGCUAUUUUCAUUCUUCUGACUUUAGCUUUUAACACAGCUAGUAAUUAUCAAGAUACUGCAUUUUAAAACCUAACUUUAUAUAGGAUUCUUAUUACCUUGACCAUGUUCAAUACCACCUACUGGAUAGAAUAAUUUUUACACUUUGAACACUGCCAUUUGCUUAAAUGUGUUGCUAAGAGUAACAUGCUGGAGAGGCAGCAGUGCAAAUGCCUUGCACUGUGGAUACCUUGGGUUCAGUUUUAAAUGUGAAACUGUUAAAUGUCACCAGAUCAUUAGCUCAUUAGCUCAUUAUGUAGACACUACUUUCGUUUUUGUUUGUAACCAAUACAGUAGUGAUUUCCCGUUACUCUGAACAUAGGUUCAAAGUGAAAAUCAAAAUUUCAAAUUUAUGAAGUCAUACUUUGUAAUUUAAACAAACAAGGGUUUAAAUUUAGAAACAUGUUCAUGGGUGUGUCAGUGGUUGCAGGGACUGCAGUAAAUGGCAGUACAAAGCUGGGGACCGUCCAGUGGCAAUACAUCCAUGAGACUUUUAAACAUGGUUUUUCUAAAUGCAUGGUCGAGCAACAGUCACUGCAGGAUUGAACUGCUUAUUACUAUUUUCUGCAUCUCUGAUAAUUUUAAGUUACAGUAAUUGUCAGUCUUAAUAAAAAUGAAACUAAAUAUUGAAAUAAAUUUGAUACCUUUUUAUAAA